AUGCCGCACGUCAGGGCUGGAUACAGUCCGGCUUUUGCUGCAUUCGCAUCGCUUCUUAUUGGUCAACACGGCACGCGGUAUCGGGGACACAACCGCAGCAAUCUUGAUGCUUAUGUUGAAAACGAGUCAGACUCCUCCUGCAAUUCCUGCAAUACAUCGAGGGCUUCAGUUCUCCGAAGUCAGGAGCUAAUCGAGGCUGAGAUUAGGCGAGUCAAAGUUAUCAGGUCCUAUGGCCGAUAUGAACCAGAUCUUGCUGAUCAGAGUGAGAAAGCGGUAAGAUCAGUCAAACGUAGCCUUCAAGCCACCAUCUGCGUCGUAUAUACUGAUUUCCUUUCUGGGCCGUGUCAGGGAGGCAUCAGGUCAGAGCGUUAUCCCGGGGUUUCACCAUGGGUGUUAGUGGCAUCUGAGCCUGGUCUGCCGCAGGGUGAGGUGUGCAUGAAUCGCAUAAUCGCGAGUAAUUUUGGUCUAACCAAGCAUCUUGGGGACAUCACCGAGCCGUCAUCAGGGUUAUGCCUGGCGCAACAGAGCGCGGCAAAUGACAUAAAUGCUUGGGCUUCCGGACAUUUGUUACGCUCGUCCACCUCAGCAGUGACCGUAUAUGGGCUUAGCACUGAAAGCUCUGUUGAACAAAUUUUGGCAAGCUGUACGGGUAAGCUGUGCGAGAUGAAGUUAAUGGAUGAAUGUGAGGUGAGACUUGCACAGCCGGCUUACAUAGCUGCCAAGAUGGUGCAAUAUUCAAAGGUUUUAGACUCAAAAAGGUGUCCCUAUUGA